AUGGCAGCUGACAUUUUCGUCUUCUCCCUGCUGCGUCUAGUCACGAACAUGCUGAACAAGCUGCAAGGGCAGCCGGAGAGUUACGAUAAGAAAUCACAGUAUCGGUUUGGAAAGACUCUUGGUGCAGGUACAUAUGGCAUCGUACGAGAGGCAGACGGCCCCAACGGCAAGGUUGCCAUAAAGAUUAUUCUUAAGAAAAACGUCAAGGGAAAUGAGCAGAUGGUGUACGAUGAGCUGGACAUGCUUCAGAGACUUCACCACCCUAAUAUCGUCAGAUUCCAUGACUGGUUUGAGUCAAAGGAUAAAUACUAUAUCGUCACACAGCUGGCCACCGGUGGUGAACUCUUUGACAGAAUCUGUGAUUACGGACGAUUUACCGAGAAAGACGCUUCGCAGACGAUCAGACAGGUUCUAGAUGCCGUCAACUACCUUCAUGAGCGAAACGUGGUUCACCGAGACUUGAAGCCGGAGAAUCUUCUAUAUCUCACUACUGACCAGGAAUCUCCCCUGGUUCUAGCAGAUUUUGGUAUUGCGAAGAUGCUUGACAGUGACACAGAGGUGCUCACAUCUAUGGCUGGCUCGUUUGGAUACGCGGCGCCAGAAGUCAUGUUAAAACAGGGCCACGGUAAGGCUGUCGACAUGUGGUCCAUGGGCGUUAUCACCUAUACACUUCUUUGCGGUUACUCCCCUUUCCGAUCAGAGUCUCUGAAUGACCUGAUCGAAGAGUGCCGAUCAGGGCGCAUCAUCUUCCACGAGCGAUACUGGAAGGACGUCUCCAAGGAUGCAAAGGAGUUCAUCCUCACUCUCCUUCAACCUGAUCCAACCCUUAGGGCAACCAGCGAACAGGCUCUAGAGCACAGAUGGCUCAAGGGCGAAACAGCCACAGAUCACAACAUUCUUCCUGAACUCAAGACCUACAUUGCUCGUAACAGGUUAAAGCGCGGAAUCGAAAUCAUCAAGCUUGCCAACCGUAUCGAGGCCUUGAAGAUGCAGGAUGAGGGUGACGAUAUCCCUGGCACCACUCUGGAGGACGCCGCGGAGAAAAAGGCAGAGGAUAAGCCUGAUGGGGAAGCCAAGUCUUCUCCUGCACCUGAAGCCGCAGCACCGGCUAACAAGGGCCGUCUUAGCAGACUUGCCCGAGGCGCUAUAUUCAGAGAAGUAGUGCUCGCCAAGGUCCGGGAGAUGAAGCAGCAGGAACAACAGCAUAAAAUUGAACAGGAGGCUCUAGAGAAAAUAGAGAAGAGCAAAGGGGAGUAA